AAAUUAGUUUUACUCACAACUUGUCAGGCUGUUAAGAUGUUAUGGCUACUUGCAAUAAUCGGUGCGGCAUUAAUCGUAUACACUCUGGUGUAUGUCUUCUCAGUUUUUUACUUCGAUUGUGAUUUAAGUUUAGCAUACCAUGAAAAAUUCGGGAAACCAAUUGAAAGUUUAAAAGGCAAAGUGGUUUUCAUAACUGGUGCAUCAAGUGGUAUUGGUGAACACACCGCCUACGCGUUUGCCAAACGCGGUGUGAAAUUAGUACUAGCCGCGAGACGGAAAAUCGAAUUGGAUCGCGUUAAACAAGAAUGCCUCCAAUUAUCGAAUGGUGCACUUGGUGCCGAAGACGUUUUAGUACUUGAAAUGGACAUGUUGAAGUUAGAUAAACACGAGGAAUACUUCAAAACUGCUGUUGAUCAUUUUGGUACCAUUGAUGUCAUCUUUAAUAAUGCGGGCAGAUCACAGCGUGGUAUCUGGGAGAGAAUCGCGAUGCAAGUUGAUAAGGAAAUGUUUGAACUGAAUCUAUUUUCGGUGAUUAACUUGACGCGUGUUGCAUUGGCACAUUUUACUGAAAAAGGAAAAGGACACGUGGUGGUGACGUCUAGCGUGGCCGGCGUUUUUGGCGUGCCGCAUUCAGCUAGUUAUACUGGUUCAAAACAUGCAUUACACGUAUAUAUGAAUGCGUUAAGAAAUGAAAAGUUAAGAGCUAAUAUUGCUGUGAGUGUAAUUUGCCCCGGAACUGUAUUCACCAACUUUUUACAACAUUCGUUUACGGAACAACCCGGUGUUAUGUUUGGUAUCAAGGUUCAACCAACAGAUCAUCGCAUGAAGGCCGAACGAUGUGGAGAAUUGUGUGCGGUGACGAUCGCGAAUCAGCUGAAUGAAUCAUGGAUGGCUUUGUUUCCGUUUUUACCAUUGCUGUAUAUUACCUAUUUUCCUAAUAUUUGCAGCGCAUUGAUGAGAUAUCUAGGUCCCGAAGGGUAUUACAAGUUGAGAGAUAAUCGUAAAUUGGAUUUUUAGUUCCAUCUACAAUUAUGUUUGUUCCGACCAACAAAUUUUACUGCUAAUGAUAGAAUCGUAAUACUGUAUGCAAAUGUGCAUUAGUUUUGUAAUGUGUUAUUUGUUUUAUGCAGUUGCAUAAUUUUAACUAAAUAACUUAAUUCCCGCAACAA